CCCACCGUUCAUGAAGACAGGAGGAGCUGCUCCCGGGAGGCGGAAGUGCGAUGAUUUGAGCCGUCAAGGAGCCCGGAGUGGGAUUGGUUGAUGUGAUUGGUGAUCAGAGGGUUGCCGCGGAGACGAGGUCCCGGUUGUUGGUAGCGGCGGGCCGGUGUUCAGAAAUGGAUCCAGCAUUAUUGAAAGAAAGGGAGCUGUUCAAGAAGCGUGCCCUUUCCACUCCUGCCGUUGAGAAACGUAAAGUGCCCAGCUCUUCAGGUUCCUCUAGUUCCAAAAAGAAGAAACCAAAGCCAGAUCAGGGAGGUGCCUCAAAACCAAAUUCAGAAAAUGGAUCUUUCUCAUACAGGGCACUUCCAGGGAGCACUGGGUACAAAUUUGGAGUUCUUGCUAAAAUAGUUAACUACAUGAAGACUCGCCACCAACGCGGAGAUACCCAUCCAUUGACUUUGGAUGAAAUUCUGGAUGAGACUAAACUCUUGGAUAUCGGCAUGAGGCAGAAACAAUGGUUAAUGACUGAGGCACUACUAAGCAAUCCAAAAAUUGAUGCCGCAGAUGGAAAAUAUGCCUUUAAACCCAAGUACAACUUGAGAGAUAAAAAAGCUCUUUUAAGGCUUUUGGACAAGCAUGAUCAGCGGGGUUUGGGAGGGAUCCUCUUAGAAGACAUAGAGGAAGGACUACCAAAUGCACAGAAAGCUAUAAAGGUAUUGGGAGACCAAAUUGUUUUUGUAACACGUCCUGAUAAAAAGAAGAUUCUCUUCUAUAAUGACAAAAGUUGCCAGUUCACGAUGGAUGAAGAAUUUCAGAAGUUGUGGAGAAGCAUUCCAGUGGAUUCUAUGGAUGAAGAGAAGAUUGAAGAGUAUUUGAAAAGACAGGGCAUUUCUUCAAUGCAGGAGACAGGACCAAAGAAGGUGGUAUCUGUUCAGAAGAGGAAAAAGUCUGCUUCUCAGAGAAAAAGGAAAUUCAAGGCACAUAAUAAUCAUAUGGCAGGGCUUCUGGAAGACUACUCUGAAGGAGUAUCUAGCAAAGAAUAGCCAUACUGAACGAGGAAGUAGCAUGAUACUUGAAAAGGAACUGAAUAAUGCAGCAAAAGUGCUGUGAUUGGAGCACAGUGCAGGAAGACUGAUCAUAGCCUUUCCAUUGAGAUCCUUUAGUUCUGUUACUUAAAUCUACUGCUCUUUGUGUGUCUUAUUAGACAGUUUUUUGAAACCAGCAUUAUCAAUUCUGGAGUUAACUUAUAGGAUUUGGACAAUACACUUUGUUUCUGUUUUUGGUUUGAUUCUUGCUCAGUAAAAUGUGAUGUCUACAUCGUGGGUUCGUAUCUUUUUCUUCUGGAAUUCUGAAGUGUUUUGGGGGGGUAUUGUACAAUAAAAACAAGCAUUUAUAAAUAUCAAAAAUAAUAAGUCUUAAGAACUGAUUCAUAGUGGAUGCCCUGAUUUUAACAACAUCUUGGAGCCAUAAAUCAUUUUGCACAGAAUGACCAAGAAACUCUCUUGAGCUGCUCCCACUCUACCUUCAUCACGUUGCAGAAAUUUGGCAGUCUUCUGAGUUUCGGUAUAGAUUAAUUCAAUGCAACAAUAUUAAACAUAUGCCUUUGGAUUGAUGAUUGUACAGUCCUAUACCAUUCCCAAUUAAGCAUUUUUUUAAAGUACAGGUUUUUAGCCUAGUACCUUGGAAUUUCAUAGAAAUGACAAGCAGUUCUAAUUUGCCACUUUCCAUAAACUACUAAUGAAUGUACACAUAAAGACAUUUAAAUUAACAACAUUAAAUCAAAUAAAAAGCUCUGCUUUUUUCUGGCA